AUGGCAGCCACCACAGCCCCUGAAUCUAACUGCUGGACACUCGAAAGCGAGCUAGGCGUCGCCGUUCGAGUAUCGCUCUCGUCCAUCGCGAGCGCAGAUGAACUCUCUACCGAGCCUAAGCCAGAUGAGUUCGGCCAUCACCUUAUCCUCACUGGCGCUGCCACUUCUUCACACUAUCCUCGAUUUGAGCUGAGCCACGAACACCUCUCCGCCAUCGCUCGUGCUAUGCUCGAACAGAUCAAGUCGCUUCGCCAUGGCUGGCUCGACAUUGCAGAUCUCUCCACAAGCUCUCACACGAAGCUCGAGCAGGCAGCCUUGACACUGAGACUCGUCCCAAGCACCACCUUCGAGCACGCUUCCUACCGCCACCAAACCCUCGUGCGCCUCGACUGGUCUGACUCGAGAUCCGACCCACCAUGGCCUCUUUCGCUGCUACUACAACAGACACCGCUCUCGACCCACUUGCGAGACGCCGUCCAUCGUGCCACCUCGCGCAUCAUAGUCGAGACGCUUCUCACCUCUUCCUUCUCGGCCAGCCUCUUUCACCGCUGGUGGCGACAGCGCCGUGUCCAGGUAGACCCGCUCAUCGUCACUAUCGCCCAAUCGCUCUCGACAUUGGCACACAAUGCCGCAGAUCCAGCCAAGCUCGCCCCAGUCCUCACUCGGUUGGAAGCGAUAGACUCUUCGCCUGCUACAGCGUGCUUGUCAACGCUUCUCACUCGUCUCGAUCACACCGUCUUUCCCGCACACGAAUCGCCGUCAGCAUACAAGCGAAUGGCUCACCAACGCCCCGCCAAUCCAACGCCCGAGCUCGACAUCGCUGACCUGCCCCACAGCGACGACGAGGCACACUGGCUACCUGUGGAAAGCCAGCAACACACUCUCGGCCAAAUCGACCUCUUGAGCGUUGAUCAGCACACCAAUUUGGGUCUCGACAUCGUCAUCCUGCCCGAUGAGCCAGAUAUCCUCGAGUUCUGA